GCAGUGAAGGGUUAAAGCGGUAAUAGGAUGAAUGGAUCCUGCGGUGAGCAGCAUCUGAUUACAGAGACGCCAGCAGACACCGGAGAGAGAGAGAGAGACGGCCACUACCUACCACACCAAGCUGCUCCUCCAGAACUCCCCGAGGAGCAGGAACAGGCUUUUUCUCAACUUUUCCGCUCACAGAGAGGAGAAACUUCACUUUUACACCGCGGAGAGGAGAAGAAAAACACCCCGAGCAGGACGCUCUUUUUGCAGGGAGGAACGGAGUGAAUGGCCGCGGGGGGCCGACGGGUGGCUGCGGAGGAAACCUGCAACAUGUCGCAGUUUGUGGAGGCUUGAAGGAGGGAAAGGGGGACCUGAAAAGCUUCGUCUGCAGCCUGGGCUUGUUGAGGCUGGAGCAGAGCUGCUCCUGCGGGCUUCGGGCUGUGGUUUGCUCCUCCGGGUCGGAGCUGAACAGGCCCGUGGAGACAGAGGCUGUCUCCUGUUUGGACUUCUGUCCAUCUUUGUUUUCGUCUCUGAUCAGUUUUCUCUGUAGCCGCCAUCAUUCUGUGCUGUAAGGCCGACCCCAACAUGUCUUCCAACGGAGACCUCAGUGACCUGGGGACCUCUGACAGCUUCUGGGAGCCGGGCAACUACAAAAGGACGGUGAAGCGUAUCGAUGACGGCCAUCGGCUCUGUAACGAGCUGGUCAGCUGCUUCCAGGAGAGGUCCAAGAUAGAAAAGAGUUACGCCCUGCAGCUGAGUGACUGGGCCAAGAGGUGGAGGGGCGUCGUGGAGAAAGGGCCGCAGUACGGCACGCUGGAAAAGGCGUGGCACGCCUUUAUGCAGGCGGCGGAUCGCCUCAGCGAGCUCCACCUGGAGCUGCGGGAGCGGCUGGCGGGCGAGGACAGCGAGAAGGUGCGCAACUGGCAGAAGGACGCCUUCCACAAGCAGAUCAUGGGCGGCUUCCGGGAGACCAAGGAUGCGGACGACGGCUUCCGUAAAGCUCAGAAACCCUGGGUCCGCAAGCUGAAAGAGGUGGAGUCCAGUAAGAAGAGCUACCACCAGGCCAGGAAGGAGGAGUGGUCGGCGGUCAACAGGGAGACGCACGCCAAGGCCGACCCAUCCAAGUCACAAGAGGAAGUCCGCAAGUUUACCACCCGGGCAGAGCGCUGCAGCCAGGAGACCGACAAAGCGAAGGAGCGCUACUCAAAGGCCCUGGAGGAGCUGAACCGCUGUAACCCGCGCUACAUGGAGGACAUGGAGCAGGUGUUUGACCUCACCCAGGAGGCCGAGCGCAAGAGGCUGCGCUUCUUCAAAGACGUCCUGCUGGACAUCCACACACACCUCGACCUGUCCGCCAAACAAGGCUUCACAGAUCUGUACCGGGACCUGGGUCAGACCAUCCGAGCGGCCAACGACGCCGAAGACCUCAGAUGGUGGCGGAACACCCACGGGCCGGGCAUGAGCAUGAACUGGCCCCAGUUUGAGGAGUGGUCUCCAGAGGCGAGCCGCUCCAUCAGCAGGAAGGAGCGAGGAGGUCACUCCGAGGAGAACGUGGUCACUCUCACCAACAUCGUCUCCUCAGGCGGAGGGGACGUCCCGCCGAGUCCCAUCACCGUGGACGCCAGCAGGGUGAAAGAUUAUUCCUCCGACUGGUCAGACGAGGACAGUCCUAAGAAGGCGCUGGCGGUGAACGGCGUGAGGGAGGCGGAGGACGAGGAGGAGCAGGUAGAAGGGGUGCGAGUACGAGCGCUCUAUGAUUACACGGGCCAGGAGGACGAUGAGCUCAGCUUUAAAGCAGGCGAGGAGCUGCUGAAGCUGGGCGAGGAGGACGAGCAGGGCUGGUGCAAAGGGCAGCUGAGCGGCGGCCGGAUCGGCCUCUACCCCGCCAACUACGUCCAGGUCAUCGCCUCCUGAUGCCCCGCCCCCCGCCGCUCCCCCCAGCCGAUGGUGAAGCCACACCCGGGAUGCCAGGACCAAUCAGAAGCUGUUGGUGCUCACAUGUGGACACCCAAACAGUUUUGGUUUUCUGAUAUUUUUUUCCUGAUUUUUGAGAAUCAGCUCAUCAAUAAGCUCCUUUUUUCUUUCUAAUUCCUGAGCCCAAUAACUGUCACCUGGAAGAAGCUUCACCGGUGAAAAGAAACCGAUAAAUCCCACAAACUGUCUAAAGGAGAAGCUGGACAUGAUUUAAGUUUUGACACUGAUUUCUGAAAGGACAUGUUUUUGGGUCGGUUAAAUCCUUUUAUAAUCACGGGACACAAUAUUUGAGAUAAGAAGCAAAGAGCAUCUGUCAGUCACAGCAUCCAAAAAACCCGUUUUACUCUUUUCAAAGACAUAUUUUCUGAUUUAUUUUGAGUUUUUUUUUUUUUUUUUUUUUUUUAAAUGAAUCACUUCAUUAGAUGAGAAUAAUCAGGACUUUGAUUCCAAAACCUGCUGCUGGAGAGCUCAGAUUAGCAUAAAGACGUUUAAAAAAGAGCCACUGGAAGAUUAUUAUUUGCUCCUAAAUGAAGCUGAAAUAAUUAAAUUAGAUGCUCACAGGUAGAUUUCUGGCCUUUGUGCUGCUGUUUGUCCUGUUUUCAGUCUUUAUGUUAAACUGAAAUAAAGCCCAGCAGCUUCUGGAUUUGACCUUUGAAUAAGCUUUGACAGCAAAUUCAAUAUCUAGCAGCAAUUAAAAAAAAACAAACCAAAAAACUAUUUUUUAAUGUUUUUCAUUUAGAAGUAAGUUGAAGUAGCUUCAUUUCCAGAGGGGUAAGGUGAGAUAUUAGUCAUUUAAUGUUUUUCAACCCUUCUGCUGCAGUUUGGUGUGUGACAGACUGUCAGUGCCUUAGGACUGAGCAGCGCCGCCCUGCUGGCCGAUGGUGGGAGUGUUCUGCCGCUCCUGGCUGCUCUUUUUGACAGAUAACAGGAGCGACUCCAGUGAGCCCCGCUGUUGGACGGGAGAAUUCCAGUGGCAGUCUGAACCCAGUAGAAACCAGUAGACCUCGAGAACUCUUCCCUCUCUGCUCGGUUUUUCUUUUUUGUCACUGAAUCAUUUUAUAUUUUAAUUAUUAGAGCUGUUUGUUUAUAUUAAGUCAGCAGAUUCUGAAUAUGAACAUUUGUAAAUUGUUGCUACCUUUUUUUCCUUUGAACCCUUCCUUUUUAAUUUUAGAAUUUUUUUUACAGCGUUUUCUUCUUUGCUUUCUAAGUGAUGUCCCUCUUUCUUUCGCCGUCUCGUCUCUCCUGAGCCGCCGCCUCCUCCAUGGCGGUCAGCAGAGCAUCCUGGGCUGUUGGCUUUGCUGUGACCUGUGGAGGGUGGCUGGUUUGACGGUGCAGGGAUCAAACUACAGUCAGAUCAAAAUGAGCGAUCUUCUGUCUACAUGUUGGGGAUUUGAGGGGAUUUUUUUUUUUUUUUUUUCUGUUUUAAGUUUGUGGUUUGUUUAUGAGGACGCUUCCUUCUGCCCUGCUGAUCUGAGCAUCGCUAACACUAACCGACAAAGGCGUUUAAAAGAUAAUAACAGAGGUAUAUAUUAGAGAAGUGAUUUAAUGCUACCGCACUGCUCCUGUGGCUUUUGUUUCUUUGCAGAUUUGUGUACAGAACCUAAAGUGGGAAGCAGCAAUAAAGGGCUUUCUGCAGCGGGAAGUUU